CGCUCGACUUGACAUUUGAGAACCACAAAAAACGGUUCUCUCUCCACCAUAAGAGCUCACUCUAGCUACCAAAAGCACAUUUGCCACCCCUCUCUCUCUCUUUCUGUCUCUGAGUACAAUCAUGGAGUCGCGAGUGCUGUCACGGGCAACCACCACUACCGUCCAUUCUUUGCCUCAUUUACGGAGGCCCAUGCGAGAGAGCAGCACUUCAAGCUUUGUCUCAAUGAAACCAAUUGGAGCUGUUGGUGAAGGCGGUAACAUCAUAUGGGGGAGGCAGCUCCGUCCAUCUCUGCUCCUGGAAAGCUCUCCAGCAGGAAAACGGGAGAUUCUCAGGCAGAACAUGGCAGCCGCUUCAUCUCCUGCUGAGGGAAGCGAUUCCUCCGGGGAUGCAAAGAUUGCUCCGGUAGGUUUCUUUAACAAAUAUCCGGCACUUGUCACCGGAUUUUUCUUCUUCAUGUGGUACUUCUUGAACGUGAUAUUUAACAUACUUAACAAGAAAAUCUACAAUUACUUUCCUUAUCCUUAUUUUGUUUCGGUGAUUCAUUUGUUCGUUGGAGUUGUGUAUUGCUUGGUUAGCUGGGCCGUCGGUCUUCCUAAGCGCGCUCCCAUUGACUCAAAGCUCUUGAAGGUGUUGAUACCUGUUGCUUUGUGUCACGCAAUAGGCCAUGUGACCAGUAAUGUCUCAUUUGCAGCAGUUGCUGUUUCCUUCACCCACACGAUCAAAGCGCUUGAGCCCUUCUUCAAUGCUGCUGCUUCUCAAUUCAUUCUAGGCCAGUCAAUUCCCAUUACUCUAUGGCUUUCACUUGCUCCUGUGGUCAUUGGUGUGUCCAUGGCUUCCUUGACUGAGCUUUCAUUCAAUUGGCUCGGGUUCAUUAGUGCUAUGAUUUCCAACAUCUCCUUCACUUACAGGAGUAUCUACUCAAAGAAAGCUAUGACUGAUAUGGACAGCACUAAUGUCUAUGCUUACAUUUCCAUCAUUGCUCUCAUUUUCUGUAUCCCGCCUGCCAUUAUUGUUGAGGGACCACAACUACUGAAUGUCGGGUUUAAGGAUGCAAUAGCUAAAGUGGGCAUGACCAAACUCAUCUCGGACCUCUUUUGGGUGGGCAUGUUUUAUCACCUAUACAACCAGUUGGCUACCAACACUUUGGAGAGGGUUGCUCCUCUGACCCAUGCAGUUGGCAAUGUUCUCAAACGUGUAUUUGUGAUUGGCUUCUCAAUCGUUGUCUUUGGUAACAAGAUUUCAACACAAACUGGUAUUGGAACAUGCAUCGCAAUUGCUGGUGUUGCAAUCUACUCUUUCCUCAAAGCCAAGAUAGAAGAGGAGAAACGACAAAAGAAAGCGGCUUGAGGUUGGAAAGAGGAAUCAACAUGAUUUGUAAAGUGUUGUUCUGUGGUUUCAAAGAUAAAAAUGACAAUCGAGUGUCCUGUUUGUCAUUAUGAUGCUUUUUUUUUUCCAGCAAUUUUCUAUGAUUCAUGUUCUCUUAAAAUAAUGUUGUAUCUAUUGCUCUGUUCCUCAGGACAAACCUAUAUGGUUAGAAUCUCUAGAGUGAGUUUGACAAUAAUGAGAAUUAAAUAUGUGAAUUUUCAUUGCCACAAA